UUUGGGUAUAGUAGAAGGUGCUCUACAGCGAGAGAAAUCCAGGCAGGCGCACCUUCACACACCGAGCAGAGGUUUGCGGCGCAGUUUGUGUGGCGGCCGGGACCCGAUCUUUUAAAACCAUGCUGGAUUGACUGCAGAGAGGCAACUACAAUCAAUGGCUUGGCUUUGAAAUCGUUCAAAAUUUAUUGGAAAGGAGUGUGAGAUAGAGCGACAGUGAGAGAGGAGGGAGAGCAGCGAGGGAGAGAGCGAGAGAGUGGCGAGAGGGGUGGAAAUAAAGAUCCUUUCAACGAUGGAGCUUACAAUGGAAAACAUUGGAAAUCUGCACGGUGUAUCUCACUCCCAUCAAACGAGCGACUUAAUGAACUCCCAACACGCGCGCCAGUCCUCGGCGUCGCAUCGGAACUUGGUGUCGCACGGACGGUCAGCCAUGGUGUCCAGCAUGGCCUCGAUACUGGAGGGAGCAGGGGACUACCGCACAGACCACGCUUUGUCUGGCCCCCUGCAUCCGGCCAUGACCAUGUCGUGCGACUCCGGGAUGAGCCUGAGCAGCACCUACACCACACUGACGCCGCUGCAGCACCUGCCCCCCAUAUCCACCGUCUCGGAGAAAUUUCACCAUCCACACCCACAUGCUCACCAUCAUCCGGCGCACCAGCGACUCGCAGCCGGGAACGUCAGUGGCAGCUUCACCCUGAUGAGGGACGACAGAAGCCUCGCCUCCAUGGGUAACCUCUACGGCCACUACCCCAAAGACAUGUCCGGCAUGGGACAGCCUCUAUCCCCUCUGUCCAACGGUCUGGGGUCUUUGCACAGCUCCCAGCAGACUCUCAGCGCCUACGGUCCCGGAGCUCACCUCUCCAACGACAAGAUGAUCUCCUCGGGGGGCUUCGAUACCCACGCAGCCAUGCUGUCCCGGGGCGAGGAGCACCUGGCCCGGGGUCUCGGGGGCCACGGGGCCGGGCUCAUGACAUCCUUGAACGGCAUACACCAUCACAGCCAUCCGCACUCUCAGGCAAACGGGUCCAUGCUGUCAGACCGGGACAGGCAGACGGUGGUGGGAGGCGGGCAGGGAGCUGGGUCAGGGCAGGUGGAGGAGAUAAACACCAAGGAGGUGGCACAGCGAAUAACGGCAGAGCUCAAGCGCUACAGCAUCCCCCAGGCCAUCUUUGCUCAGAGGAUCUUGUGCCGGUCCCAGGGAACUCUGUCUGACCUGCUGCGGAAUCCUAAACCGUGGAGUAAACUCAAGUCUGGCCGGGAGACGUUCAGGAGGAUGUGGAAGUGGCUCCAGGAGCCCGAGUUCCAGCGGAUGUCGGCGCUGAGGCUUGCAGCCUGCAAGCGCAAAGAACAGGAGCAACACAAGGACCGCAACACGGCGCCCAAGAAACAACGUCUGGUCUUCACUGACCUGCAGCGCCGCACACUCAUCGCCAUCUUCAAGGAGAACAAGCGUCCAUCCAAGGAAAUGCAGAUCACCAUCUCCCAGCAGCUUGGCCUGGAGCUCAGCACUGUCAGCAACUUCUUUAUGAAUGCACGCCGCCGCUGCGUGGACCGCUGGCAUGACGACCACGGUGCCAGCCCCGGGCAGCCGGGUACAUCCGCCACUACUUUCUCCAAGGCCUGAGAGGAGGAGAGGACCUUCAGAGGGCCAGGGAACCAGGUUGGAACAACAGGCAACAUGGAAAAUUGGCUGUGAAACCUGUCUAUAACAACUCUACCUGGCCUAGGCCGUCUGAAUGUGUCCUCUGCCUGAAAAAAUCCUUUGUGCCAUGCAAUCAUCUUUUUUGUCAGUCAGAAUUUCAAGCGCUCACCUGAAACAAGCAUAAUCUAAAGGUGAAUUGUGAAGUCAGGUCCACUCUGCAUUACUCACAUAAGGACAAUCAUUGAUUCUGUCUUUUUUGAAAGAAAAUCAUUUUUAUGGCAUCUGACAAAGUAAAGAGACACCAAAGAUUUGAUGUUUUUGUUGGACGGUACCAGACAUAUAUGCCGACCUCCUUCACCACCCAAGUAGCCACUGAUUCUGCUUUUUCUCCCAACUCACCUCCUUUGUGUCUGCCUCUCUAGUAUCUCUCUCAUCCCCUCCACGCCGGCACACGGAAGCAACAAGGGCGAAAAGAACGGCAAUAAAUCUGACAACAGAACAGCACAUAGCCUUAUUAUCCAAGCCCCAUCCUGCACACACAAGGCCGUCAUAAAGAAAACAACGCAGUCUAUGAAAAAAACAAGGCUUUCCAAUUCUCCGCCUCUACCUCCCCCUCCUCCUGUAGUCUCCUUCAUUCCUCGGCCAAAGGUAUUCCCUGAUGGCCAGCCAUUUCAGAGAGCAGCUCAGCCUGAUCAUACGGCAAACUAAUGAAUUGAAAAAUGAAUCGAUGCAGACAGAGAGAGCGGGGCCUUGACCCCUCCUGAAGGUGAAACUCAAGACGCUCGGCAGUAGAUACUCAGGUCUUCCAGGCCCAGGUCUAUAUUUUUUGCACAGAUGUUGGAGGCCUGUAGGGAGACAUGUCAUUGUUACUCUUAGCCUGAGCCUAGAGUCUGGGUUUCUCUGACCAACAGGAGAGGCGGGUGAGAUGUCUGGACAUGCUCUUUGUUCUGCUGGGAGCUUUUCCUCUGAUCAAUAACUGAGAACCAAGCGACAACAACACGCUCGGGCAUCCAGCCAACUACAUUACAGCUGCAUAUGAAAAGCAGAAUGUAAGAGGAGCACAUGGAACCCACUGGAGAUGGGGACACAAAGGCCUCAUAACAGCAACAGCAGCAGCAGCAGCAGCACACCUCUCCCUCCCCGGUCCUGCCUGUGCUGGCAGAGCAACAGUGCCCCCUGCUGUCGAUAGCAGAGACCUGUAUCCAGCAGAGCAAUGGGGCUCAGAGUGGAGGAGAGGGAGGGAAGAGCCACUAGAUGCUGAGGAGAAGUCAUGGCACAACACAUUCAGGCCCUCACAGCUCUUUGAAGGCAGAUCAAUAGCUAACCAUUAUCCUAUUGUUGUUCCUCAUCCAACCAGCGCUGAUGAAGCCGGAGGAGGGGGAUGGUUAAACUGAACGCUGAAUACGCAGGGAUUUAGAGAAGGCAGGGAUAUUUAACCAAUCCAAAUCUUAAAGAAUCCACGAAAUACAAGUACAGAAAUUACACACAGAGGGGACAGAAAAGUACAACAGAGUAAAAAGUAACAGAAAGGCUUAUUGAGACAUACACAUCUGAGGUGCAGUGGAGGUUUAAUUUUCAUUAUUUUGGGAGGCUUCAUAUUUUGUCAAAUCAUUCUUCCAUUUCAUCUGUUUGCAAAAAAAAGGCUCUCAACAGAUGUGGUUCAAACCAAAUCUCCCGGUUAUUCCCACACAAGGGUUAUCAGUAGCUAACCCAAAGCCAACCACCACACUCAGCUGUCAAAAUGCUACAAUAAUUAGUGCCAAUGCUUACUGCCUUAAUGCGAAUCAAAGAAUAUGGUACUAGGGUUCACACACAGCUACAGUGCGCCCCACUGAUGACGGGCGGUGUGUGCCAUAGCAACCAACAAUCAGCUUUUAACUGAAUUAAAAUAUACUUUUUUAGUAAAAAAAUGAAAAAAAGAAUCAGAUUUUAAGGCAUACAAUAACCAAACCUCAAAUGACAAAGAUACCACACUUACAGAAUGUGUUACAAAUACAAAAAGAAAUGUCUCCAACACAUAACUGGACACAUUUUGAAGCAGAAGAAAAAUCUCUCAUUCUAUCUUUGGUUCUCUACCUCCUCUAUCCCUCUAACCCCCAUUGCCCCCCCUCUCUUUCUCUCUUCCUCUCUAUAUUGAUGCGGGUAUUUAAUUAGUACCAUAGACACAAAGUUUCUAUUUCUUGUUACUAUUGUGCUCUGUUGUGCAUAAGUAAGGCACCUUGUUGAUAAAUCAAAAACAAAAAAGGAAGGACUUUUUAAAAGGAAAAAAAGAGGGAUGCAAGGACCGAGGCCAAUGAAGGAUGUAUUUUUUUUGCAUUCUGUGUGAAUAUAGACUCGGACGAGACAUUUACCACGAAAGAGAAAAAAAAAAGAAAAACAGGGAGCUGCUGAAGAGAAGAAUAAAUGACGGAUGCUCUCUCUCUUUUGGCAUUUCAUGUCAGAACUGUGAUACUCUCAGCCCCCUUUAAGCUGAGCCCCAAGAACGGGGUAAAACGGAGGGGGACAAAACAUGACCUCCAAAUGUCCUGGCUGAUUCAGUGUGUUUUAUUGGAGGGAGGGUGGGGGUGAAGCUUGGGACUCAAUAGUUAUAUGUAUGGUCUUAAGAUGCAACUGUAGCAUUUCCAACAAUGUAGUCAGAUUAGCGGUGCAGAUUAGAUAAGAGAUGGUCAUUGUCGAGGAGUUGAUUGAGAGGUACUGACUAACUUCACAUUGCUGUAAGCAGUGAGUUAAUGUCGCCAAAGGAUGAUGAGCUAAAAUCGAUUUGUGGUAUACAGUUCAGUGAGCAUAGGUAAAUAGCUAGAUUCAGCUCUAGGUAUUAAGCUGACAAAAUGACAUUUGUUUGUAGUGAGAACCAAUGUGGCUACCUCACUAAGCUGAGUGGUUUGUGAAACCGCCACUAAUACCAAAGAUACUGCAGCCUACCGGUCCCAAACUGCCUAGGGGGACACACAAACCAAAAAAAAGCCCCCCCCCCCCUUGCCCAGAACCGUUACAGACAACACACUGACAAUAUUACACACACACGUUUGUACUAACAGCGCAGUCGGACUGCAUCGCGCCACAUAGGAGGAGGUGGCUGCCUUGCAGACAGAGUUGAGUGCCUUUUCCCUUCAACCACGGGUGGGACUGCACUGGACACACACAUACGUAUACACACACACACACACACACACACACACACACACACACACACACACACACAGCCUUGCGGGUGCAUGCAUAUAGCUACACACCCAUUUACAAACACACACUCACAUUCAGACAACACACCCAUAAUUGGAUGGACAGAAAGGGGGGCCAAAGAGAGGGACACAGAGUGGGGGCUGUGUCAGCAUUUUCUCUCAUAUUGACUUUCCAUCUUGAUACACUAGAAUACAAGCACUUUAUCAUGUAGAAAGUCUAUAAAACAUUUUCUAUACACUAUUUAUUUGAAACAAAAUUAUAUGUUACUCCUUAAUCUGUCAGUCUUUGUUACUGUAUCGUUGAUCUUCUAGUAGCUCACAGCCUUUGUGUUUAUUUUUCUCUCUCCGCCCGGUGUGCUUAGACUCUCAGCCACUUUACCUCUCUCACAUCAGAGAUAUUUUUGUGUAACAGAGAAAGAGGGGGGUAGAAAGGCAGAGGCUCUGAGCGCCCGAAGGGCUGUAGUUGUAAAAUCUUACCACUAAAUGUCUCUCUCUCUCUCUCUCUCCACUGCGUGCAAGCACAGAGGCUGCACUAGAGAAGUCUGGAAGACUCACUGACAGUUUAUAGACACAAAUUCUCUCCUCCCUCCACCUUGUCUGUCCAGUCGACCUCUCCCCCUGGCUAGUGCUAAGACUCGGUAGGCGUGUGUUGACAAUUAAUUCUGAAAUACCUCAAAAACCUUUCAUGUAAACUUUAUGUAAUUUAGACUGAAAAUAAUACUGCUAAUGAUAACAAUGAUUAUGAAACUAUGAUACUAUGAUAGUUAGUUUUGGAACUUGUGACUUGAAGCUUUAUACUGUUAAAUUCCUUUUAUUUGUUUGCUCAUUUUUCUCGUACGUUCUCGUUUGUUUUUUGCUACGGCAUGUACUUACUGUUUUCAUAAAGGAAAAGACAUUGUGAAUGUUUCUGUGGAGGGUUACAUGAGAAAAGAAGAGACAGAAGAGAAGGCUAGACUAAAGAGAGAGGGGCCAGAGCUACUCACUUCAGAUGUUUAGUUCAAAGCCCUCUCCAAGGCUGGUACAUUUAAAAGGAAAAAACAACAAAAAAACACAAAACAAAGAAAGAAAUUACAAAAAUAUGAUUUGGGCUGAAUUCUAAACCAAAAAUUUGAUGUUAAACCAAAGGAAGAAUAACCUUUUACUCAUUGUUAGCUUUCUUCUGCCUUUAAGUUGUCUUUUCUCUGAAAAAAAAAAAACAAUUUCACAGUUACUUUUGAAGGUUCCUGGGUGUGUUCAAGUGCUCCUGAUGUUCUUAGAAUAUUAAAAACCAGCACCUCCUAUUGAAAAGAAGGUGCGCUUUUUUCUUUUGUGCAUGGAUAUUGUAUAACUGUAUAGAAACCAACAGGAAUGACCUGUGAUUUUGUGGGGAGAGGAGGAGGAUGGAAAGACUUGGGAGUGGGUGGAGAUGGGGUGGGGGAUAUUUUGGUUAUCAAAACAAAAAAAAAAAGGGUGGGAGGAUUUGGGUUUUAGGCAUUGGAGGGGUCCUUGUUUUUAGAAUUUCCGUCACUGUUGGAUUCACUGGUUGUGUGCAUGUAUUGUUGCAACCCUUCCCCUUUCCCCAUGUUUCUUUGAUGUAUAUAAAUCCAGACAGUAGGGGGCAGUGUGUGCUGGGGGAGGUCAAACUCCUCUCCUCCCAAUCAAUAGCAUUCAAUCUUCAUUCCUCAGCUUGUGGUCCUCACUCGGGUCCUGAAAUGUGUGUCUUGCUUUUCCAAAGACGGGCUGUUUACUUGGAGUUAAUCAGAGGGACACACACAGGCCCGAGCGGCCUUGAAUAUACCUGUAUGUUUGUCUACAUGCUUUUCUUCAAUCUGUGUAUGUGUGCUCAUUUGUACCUAUGUGGAAGACAAAGUGUUUCUUUUUUAUGUUCCUUUACUAUGGGUUGCAAUAUUUGUCAUGCGAAAAUUUGAAACCAUUUCUUACUGACUGACCGACCAACCAACCGCAGUACCAUUUGGCAACUGAUAAUCCGACCCGAAAUGUCGUCAGCAUUUACUGUCAAACAGCAUAUGUGUGUGUGUCAUUUCACUGUGGGAUCGAAGGUUGCCAAUGGGACUGGUGUAGACACCCCCAGUCACACUGUGCUCUCCCUCUUCUGUUACCUGUUAAUCAAUCAGAACCAAGUGUCUUUGUGAUGGUAGAAGACAAUCAGUUUCAAAACAAGAAAAAAGGUAGAGAGAGGGCAGGCCAGUGGGGAGGAAGAAGGGGAGGAUGGUAGAACAAAAUCAAGGGAAAAGAGGCUCUCUGAGUUGUGACGAGCUGUAGUGCCCGACUGCCAAACGACUGCCCUUCCGUCCCUGCACUCUCCAAAACAUCCAUCUUCCAUCCCAUCCAUGGCCAAAUCUGACGUUCAGGCUCAACAUGACUCAGUUACACGACACUCCAAACCAAAACUCAUUACACAUUUUAAAUUCACUCCCUCCUCAUCCCCCCCCCAUCACUUUUCACCCUCCUGCACUUCUACUGCCACAAUGUAGAGCACUGCAGGAGUAGAAAACAAGACCUGUGGUGCAAGGACCAUAUUUCCCAUCACCCACCACAAUUUCCUGCUAAUCUAAUGAUGAUGUAACCAGCCGCGAGGAAUAAAAAUGGCUCCGGUUGGUGGCUUUUGCACAGAGAACUAUGCAAACACCUGACCCCCCCAAUCUUAAUCGUUGCUGCUGGGUCAGAGUGUACAACCCUCAACCUCCCCUCCCUCCCCUCGACAUUUAAACACUCCCGCUCACACUUCCAUGAUGUUUUCCCGUUUCCCUCCCCCCCCUCCCUCUCCAGAGCGCAGAGCAGGCAGAGAUACCCCCCAGUCACUCAGGUUAACAGUAGAGUGUGGCUGGGGAGAGAAGAGCACUACAGCACCCCAUGUUUCACCAGACUGAUGUCGUACAGCUUUACAUGAAUGCCCCAAACUGCCAUUGACAUCAAAAUGGAGUCCAUGUUGAUGUUUGCAAGCUGAUCCUCCCCCGCUCAUGGCUCCAUUGUACUACAAUGUUUGACUGUCUUUGUCCCCAGCGCCAAGGAAGGGCCACAAUCAAUACAAAGACACAUACAUUGUAUUUACUUAAGUUUACAAAGUCGUCUGGAGAUGGUGGCUUAUAUUGCACUCGUACGUACAGACAGACAGACACACAAACAGACACAGGCACAUGCUGGAGAGGGUGAGUCUGCCUUUUGAGAGUGUUUGCUGAAACCAAAGAUGAAAUCAGAGGUAUGACAAUCUGGCUACCAAACCUAGAAGACAAUGUUCAGCUCUCUGGGCUGCUCUACGGGUCCUGUGAUUUACCGGCCAUGUGGACAUUCCACCUAAUGCACUUAAACAUACACACACACACACAUAUACAUACGUAUACACACCCUGGUGUAAACUCCCACACACACACUUCCACACACACAGAAACAAGGGAUAAACCCACUCACGACGUCUGGUCAGAAAGCCUCUUUUCCCUCCUCCCACUGCAGAAGCCGGAGAGCCUGUGGAGGACUUUUAGUUUCACUCUAGUUGAGACUUUUGAGAAGGAAAAAAAUCUGAGUAAUAACUGUUACAGAAAAAUAAAAACUUAAAAGGAUAAUAUGGGUAAAAUUGCGUGUUUUGAAAUAAAUUAACAAAUAAAACAAUUGUAAAACAA